AUGAACGUUUUCGUUACUGAAAAAUUAUAAAUUCAUAUAAAAAUUUAUUUAUUUUCAUAAACUAUUUUUCAUAAAAAUAAAACUUUGACCCUAAUAUUUAUAUAUUUAUCAUUUGAUAAUUGGAUAGAGAUUGAAAGAAUAAAUUAAAUUAUCAUAUGAAGUUCUUAUCGGUUUGAUACCAAAUCCAAUUUUUGAAUCAAGAAUAUAAUAGAAAAACCAAUGUUUUUAUUUAUCCAGAAAAAGAAGAAAAUAAUCAGAAAAGAGAAAACACACACAUAAUCAUCAUCAAUUUCUUUCCUGAUUCUAUCUCACAAAGGUAACAACAACUUCAAUUCUCUUCCCUCUUCACAAACCAAACCAAGUUCCGAAGUUGUUGGUAUCUGUUAUUAUUAUCAUUUCAAUUUCGUUAUUUGUUAAAAAUAAAAUCUCGUGAUUUGAAGCAACCCCAUUUGCCAAAGAUCAAAUUUUUAUUCUUCAUUUAAAGAUAGUGUAGUAAGGGUGAAAAGAGAUGGCUGCGGCCGGAAAAACCAGAACUAUGUUUGAAGGUCUAGUAAAAGAUGGAUCGCUUAAAUGGUUGCUUGGCAAGAAAAGUUAUUUUGAUGAAGAAUUUGAGGAGAUGGAAAAUUCGCCUUCUGCUGGGAAGAAUUUUGUACGCGAGCUUUCUCCCGUUGCAAACCUAGUUGUUCGUAGAUGUGCAAAAAUCCUUCAGACCUGUUCAAGUGAUCUUCAAGAGAGCUUCAAUCAAGAGGCAUCGGAAUCCCUAAAAAUUCCAUCACGAUAUGCGAGGAACUUAUUGGAGUAUUGUUGUUUCAAAGCACUUUCAUUGAAAGCACAAAUGUCUGGUCAUCUACUUGAUAAAACAUUCCGGCGAUUGACUUACGACAUGAUGUUAGCUUGGGAGGUCCCAUCUGCCACUAGCCUACCUCUGACUAAUAAGGUCGAUGAAGAUGUAUCUGUUGGCUUAGAAGCUUUCUGUCGAAUAGCUCCUGCGGUUCCCAUCAUUGCCAAUGUCAUCGUUUGUGAAAAUCUUUUUGAGGCACUGAGUUCGUCAACCGGUGGUCGCCUCCAGUUCCCCAUCUAUGACAAGUACCUGGGUGGGAUAGAAAAAGCAAUAAAAAAAAUGAAGAGCAAUUCCGAGUCUUCUCUCCUUUCUGCUAUAAGAUCCACUAAAGGCGAGAAGAUUCUUGAGAUUGAUGGAACCGUCACCACACAGCCAGUGCUUGAGCAUGUAGGAAUAUCAACCUGGCCUGGAAGGUUAAUCCUGACAGAUCAUGCACUUUAUUUUGAAGAACUUCGCGUUGUAUCAUAUGACAAACCAAAAAGAUAUGAUUUAUCAGACGAUCUAAACCAAAUUGUUAAACCUGAGUUGACUGGGCCAUGGGGUACUCGACUUUUUGACAAAGCAGUAUUCUAUAGUUCAUCAUCCUUAUCAGAACCAGCUGUACUUGAAUUCCCAGAGCUUAAAGGCCAUGCUCGUCGUGAUUAUUGGCUAGCUAUCAUCAGAGAGAUUCUUUGUGUUCACAAAUUCAUAACCAAGUUUGGAAUUAAAGGGGUCGCACGGGAUGAAGCACUUUGGAAGGCUGUUUUAGGAAUUUUGCGUUUGCAAGCCAUCCAAGAUAUGAGUUCUGUGGGUCCUAUACUGAAUGAUUCUCUUCUCAUGUUUAAUUUAUGUGAUCAGCUUCCAGGUGGUGAUUUUAUAUUAGAAACCCUUGUACAUAUGUCAUAUUCAAGGGAGUCAGAACGCGGGAAUGAUUCCAAGCCUGAAAGUGGAAUGUAUUCUAUCUCGGUCUUGGACACGGUUUCUAACUUGGGAUUCGUAUUUGGAACAAGUUCGAACAGCUCAAAUGAGGGCAGAAUUGCUGUCGGUGAAGUAACUGUUGGAGAGAUAACUUUGUUGGAAAAAGUAGUUAAAGAAUCUAAGAACAAUUAUAAAAAAGUCGUGUCUGCACAGGCAACAGUUGACGGUUCUAAAGUCGAUGGCAUCGACACUAAUUUGGCUGUCAUGAAGGAAUUGCUUUUUCCUCUUGAUGAACUUAGGAAGUCUCUUCAAUCUUUGGCAUAUUGGGACGACCCAUUGAAGUCUUCUGGGUUUUGUUUGUUCUUCGGCUACAUCAUCUGGAGGGGCUGGCUUGGCUAUGCAGCGGCACUUGUACUUGUGUUGGUUGCAUCUUUUAUGAUAAUUACCAGAUGGUUUAAUCAAGGUAGGCCUGUAACUGAAGUUAAAGUUGUAGCCCCUCCACCGAUGAAUACAAUGGAACAGCUUCUAGCUGUUCAAACUGCUGUCUCUCAAGCUGAACAGCUCAUACAAGAUGGUAAUAUAGUUCUUCUCAAGUUCCGCGGGUUGUUACUCUCCAUAUUUCCUCAGGCGACAGAGAAGCUGGCAUUUGCUCUUCUAUCAGCUGGGUUGAUGUUGGCUUUGUUACCUAUUAAAUACAUAGUUCUGCUAGUGUUCUUGGAGAUAUUUACAAUGUAUUCACCUCCAAGGAAAGCUAACACAGAGAGAUGGGAGAGGAGAUUUAGGGAAUGGUGGUUCAGCAUACCGGCUGCUCCUGUUAAACUUGAAAGAGAAAAAGAGGACAAGAAGAAAAAAUGAUGAUGAUGAAAUCUUUGGUGGUGAAGUUAUGUACAUGAUUGUGUUGGAUACUUAUAUUCCCUGGCUCUAACUGUGUCACGCAGUUAUAGAUCUUGACCGUCUGAUCUUAAAUCAAUAACUAGGAUCGUUAUAAUUACUUUACUUACUGUAUAAUCUGAACCGUCCGAGAUCUCAAAUCAGUGACCGGGAUUGAUUACUGUGUGUGACUGCGUGAUACUUUUACAUCAAGGGAUUCUUCCUUUAGGUCAUUUUCAUAUAUAGAAAUGUUUAGUGGAAGCAAAGUAAUUUAUAAAAUGAAGUUGGAAAAUGUAGUUGGUGAAAUGAGGAAGUAUCAUUUGUGUUUACAA